GUAAAAGGCCAAUCACAGCGGCCUUUUACCAUGUGAUCAGCCGUGUCCAAUGACACGCUGAUCACUGGGAAAUGCAAUUGCCGGUUCUCGGCUGCACUUUCCUCACGCUGUCAGAGCAGCAGGGAUUGGCACCAAUCAUUAGGGCACCAGCAGUGCCACCCACCAGUACUGCCCACAAGUGCCCAGCAAUGCCACCCACCUGUGCCCAGCAGUGCCACCCACCUGUGCCCAUCAGUGCCCACCAGUGCCACCCAUCGGUACCCAUCAGUGCAGCCUAGCAGUGCCACCAGUCAGUGCCCAGC